AUGGGUCAACUAGAGCAUCCCAACGUCGCUCAAUGUUUCGAAAUGCACUCCAUUGCCGAGGGCAUAACCUAUGUGAGGAUGGAAGCGAUCCAAGGAAGUGACUUGGACGCUUUGCUGAAGAUCCACACGCGUUUCUCGGAAGAUGAGGCGGUAGCUAUCAUACGAGGAGUGCUAAAGGGUCUUUCUGCUCUACAUGCGCGAGCGAUUGUGCACUGCGGUAUCAAUCCCUCCAACAUCAUGAUUGCAAAGAUGGCACCAUUUGUCAAACAUCAAGACGCAGCAUACCUCGCUCCUGAACAAUUGCUGGAGGGAAAGCAUGCUUCCACUGCCAUCGAUAUCUGGGCUGUUGGAAUUCUUCUAUAUCACAUGUUGUCAGGGGAAUUUCCCUUUGAAAUCAGUGAGAAGAUGGAAGACAUGAUACACUGUAUUCAUUGGCAUGCGCUGCUCCACUUGGAUUAA